AUGGGGGAUCAGAGUAGAGGUCCUGGCGCUCCUGCGCCAGGUGACCCCCCCUUCCUCCCCGCCACCAUCGAGGAGAUUUCAACCAUGGACUCUUUUCAAUCAGUGAUUGGAAAAUUGAUUACUUGUAUUGUAGAAACAAUAAAUGAAGGAAAACACGUUUCGGCGGCAAAUAGGAGGAAAAUCGUUGCGGCUGCUGAGGAGGUUCGAUCUGCAUCCCGAAUACUACCCAGUAUUAUCGGCACAUCUCCGUCGUCUCAACAACUUCCGACGGACUCUAGUGACCUUAAAAAGGACAUAAUUGAGGCUGUACGGAAGGAGAUGACCAGCUUCAAGCAGCAGUUUGCUGCUGCCCACCGGCCAUCACCACCACCAAUGACUCACGCCCAGGCAGUCCGUGCGAAUCCUUCACGGCCUGUGAUGACUUCUCCACUCAUUACCCCUCCCUCCCCUCCCGUUACCAAACCCUCUAUCAUUGUCUCGUCGAAGAAAGAUUCCACCACUUCUUCAGAAACGUUAAACUGCUGGAGGAAGAAUGUCUCUUUCCGGGACACAAACUUCACUCCAGCAGGCGUCCACUUUGUCUCCAAUGGCAAGUUGCGCGUCGAGUUCGACCGCCCGGAACACCUGGAGGUCGCGCUGAAGAAGAUCGGAGAAUCCAACCCUGAAUUAGAAGCAGAAGUCUCGCGUAAGCUUAAACCCAUGUUUAUUGUUAAAGGCGUUAGUUCAGAUAUAUCCCCCGAUGUUCUUAAAACCUUAAUUAUUAAUCAGAACGACGUAAUUAAAAAUAAUAUUGCUAAUGAGGCCGACCUUGAGUUUAAGUUCAAGCGGCCUAACAGAAAUUCAAAUCUCUACAACGCUGUUUUUAUCUCAGCUCCCAACGUUUGGCGUCACGUAAUCCACUGUCUUAAGCUCAAUGUCGACCAUCAGAGAAUUCACGUUGAAGAUUUUACCCCCUUGUUACAAUGCUUCAAAUGUCUUAAAUUUGGCCACACUCGCAAAUUCUGUAAAACUGAAGAGACUCACUGCUCCCACUGUGCUAGUUCAAGUCAUGAAUUUAAGGAUUGCCCGCAUAAGAAAGAUCAGUCAAAAUUAACCUGCUAUAAUUGUAAGUCUUAUAAUGAAAAGAACAGUGGUAGUAAUGGGCCUCUAAACCAUGGGGCCGCUUCAGAUGCUUGUCCGAGGAAGCAACAUAUGGUCGGCCGUACUAAGUCCAAGGUUGAUUAUGGAUCUUAG